UUCCACCUGGGAUUCAACACAUGUAAGCAGCGUGUGGUCGUGUAAAGAUCCACUGUGGGGUCUGCUGGGUGGCGUCUCCCCACACUGGGAUUAGCUGUCUUCUCUUUCAGCGCUCCCUGAAUUCCAUUCCGCCUUUUACUUUUCGGCGGCGCUCUCUCUUUUCUGUCUCUCUCUCUCUUUUCUGUCUCCCUCUCCCUCCCUCCCUCCCUCCCUCUCUGUCGCUCUCUCGCUCUCUCUCAGCACAGGACUUCCCAGUGACUUUGCAAGACUGCAUUUAGCCCACAACAAGUCCCAAGUUUCGGAGCGCACAGGGGGAAAGAAGAAGAAAAGGAAGGAGGAAAAGCAAGUUUGGAGUCUCUCCGACUCGACAUUUCAGAGGACGAGAAAAACACGCGCAACAAAGGAUCCGUUUUACCUGUUGAUGAAGUCCCACCGGGUGCGGGACGCAGAGGAGCAGUCGGCUUCCUUCACAGAGAAGAAAAGUCCGUGUGUGCACUCAUCGCGCCACUCCAUUGGCCAGGAGGAGUGAAGGACUUGGGUUUUUCCUUUUCCCCAGCACUUGCAGCCUGCGCUGGGUUGGUGGAAAAUGGGCACUCCGACCACUUCAGUGUGUGGACUUACCCUCUGUGUGAUACUCACAUGCCAGCUGGUUACUGUGACUCAGGCCUCCAAGGUGUGGGGAGAGGUCCCUCUGCCAGAAGACUUAGAGGCGGAGAAAGACGUCCGUGCGUCUCAGAGCUUACUGGAUGACGAUGAGGACUUUGCUGCUGAUGAAGCCUCAGGAGACCUGCCCAGUGGAGAGGAUGAUGGAAGCACACCAUGGCCUCCAGUCUCUGAGAGCACAAUUUAUUACAGAGCUCUCGUCAACUUCACUGACUCCCUGGUCUACAGCCCCGAGCUUGAAGACAUCUUCUCACCAGCCUUUAUUGAGAUCUCUGAAGCAGUGGUGGACACGCUGGAGUCGGACUACAACAGGAUUCCAGGUGCCCAGACAGUCAGCGUGGUCCUCAUUAAGAAGGUGAUUAGAGAGGGUGGUGUGGACGUAUUUGUGGAGUUGGACGUAGGGUCUGACUACAACAGCAAUGACGAACAGAUCCGCAGCGUGCUGUACAACGUGGUGAAGGAGGGAGCCAUCGCCUCCUAUGUCACAUCGGUCCAGGGCUUUCAGUUCAGACGGCUCGGUGAAGUAACCCCCAGCAUCAGACCCUGCAUGCCCGAUGAGCACAGGUGUGGUGAUGGGACAUGUAUCCUCAUGGAAUACCUGUGUGACAACAGACCAGACUGCAGAGACAUGAGUGAUGAGACCAAUUGUGACAUAAAACGGCCGCAGCCUCCUCCGAUCUUCACCACGCCUCCUACCACAACCACCACCGUAAAGAAGCCCCCGCGGCCCCCCAGCCCACCUGGACCCUGCAGAGCAGAUCAAGCCACGUGCCAGAGCGGAGAGUGCAUCCCAAGAGACUACAUCUGUGACGGAGAGAGAGACUGCUCGGACGGAAGCGAUGAGUUCAGAUGUGGUACUCCUUCUCCCUGUGAACCCAAUGAGUUCAAGUGUAAAAAUGGCCGCUGUGCCCUCAAGCUUUGGCGUUGUGAUGGAGACAACGACUGUGAGGAUAACUCAGAUGAGACAGACUGCCCCACCAAGGGUCCUGAUGACAGGUGUGCUCCUGAGCAGUUUGAAUGCCUGAGUGAUCGCACCUGCAUCCCGGCAAGUUACCAGUGCGAUGAAGAGCCAGACUGCCCUGAUCGCUCUGAUGAGUACGGCUGCACCCCUCCCUCUGUGACAAGCCCGCCAGAAGAGUCCAUUCAGGCGGCGCGGGGGUCCACGGUCACGUUCACCUGUCAGGCUGUUGGAGUGCCGACACCCAUCAUCACCUGGAGACUCAACUGGGGACACAUUCCUGUCAGCGGCAGGAUCUCCAUGACCAAUGAGAAUGGCCGAGGCACCCUGACCAUACGUGAUGUGAAGGAGUCGGAUCAGGGGGCAUACACCUGUGAGGCCAUCAAUGCUAAAGGCCUGGUGUUUGGUAUCCCCGACGGAGUGCUAACUCUCACAUCAAAUCCAAAUCCAGGCAACUGUCCCGAUGGUCACUUCAGUGUGGAAGGCCGUUGUGUGUCCUGCUUCUGUGCUGGAAUCACCAAGAAUUGCAAGGCCACUGGUCACUACCGCAACCAAAUCGGCCUGCGAUUCACUGAUGAGGAAGACUUCAAAGGAGUGAAUGUCACCUACCCCUCCAGACCAGGUACUCCUCCUCUCUCCUCCACCCAGCUCCUCAUUAACACUGAGAUGAAAGAGUUCCAGCUCGUCGACCUGUCGCGGCGUUUCCUCAACCUCGACUCGUUUUGGACUUUGCCCCGCCAGUUCCUGGGCAACAAGAUUGGCUCCUAUGGAGGAUCCCUGAAGUACAAGGUGCGGUACACACUGGCCCGCGGUCUGUCUGAGGUUGUGGAGAAGCCGGAUGUGAUCCUGGUUGGAAAUGGACGCAGGCUUGUGUACCGCAGAGGCAGCGCCACCCCCGCCCAAGUGGUCAACCAGAAGGAGAUCAAAUUCACUGAAGACAACUGGCAGCAAUCCAACGGUCGCUCGGUGAGCCGGGAGGAGCUGAUGAUGACGCUGGCCAACCUGGACAGCAUCAGCAUCCGUACCAUCUACGACAACCACAUGGUCAGCGUGGCGCUCAGUGACAUUGUCAUGGAUAUUACCAGCGUAGAGUUCAGCAUUUUGGGUCGUGCUAAGGAUGUCGAAGAGUGCAGAUGUCCUCCUGGAUAUUCAGGCCUGUCCUGUGAGAUGUGUUCUGCUGGCUUCGAGCGCGUUCCCGGCGGCUCCUAUCUUGGCACCUGUGCUGGUUGUAACUGUAAUGGACAUGCGAGCGCCUGUGAUUCAGUCAGCGGACACUGUCUGAGCUGCCAGCACAACACAGAGGGCCCUCAGUGUGACAAGUGUCGCUCGGGCUACUUUGGCGACCCGAGCCGAGGUCGACCCGAUGACUGCAAGCCCUGCCCCUGCCCGUACUCUGAGACCUCACGUCGGUUUUCUGACACCUGCUUCGUGGAUGUUGACCAACAGCCAACAUGUGAUGCCUGCAGGCCUGGCUAUACAGGAAGACGCUGUGAAAAAUGUGCAGCUGGUUACGAGGGUAACCCUCUCCUGCCUAAUGGAAAAUGUGUUCCUAACCAAAGCUCAAGGUGUGAUAACAGAGGAAUUAUCAGCUCCAGCAGCAGACCAUGCAGCUGCAAGAACAACGUGGCAGGCGCUCUGUGUGACGAGUGCAAGCCCGGGUUCUUCCACCUGUCAGAGGCCAACCCUGAAGGCUGUCUACGCUGUUUCUGCAUGGGUGUGACAAAGCAGUGCGCCAGCUCCACUUGGAGUAGAGAUCAGGUGAGAGGAGGGGUGAACGGGCAGCUCUUCUCCCUCUCCAAUGGUGCCAACACUAGGACUAUCUCUGAAGGCAUCUCCCAGAGGGGCCCCUCUGAAGUUGUCUACCGCUCCUUCGCCAGUGUCCCCAACGACAUCUACUACUGGGUCCUGCCUGAGAGCUUCAGAGGAGAUAAGGUGACGGCCUAUGGCGGGGAGCUUCGCUACACAGUGCGCUUUGAACCGUUUCAGCGCUCACUGGUGAUUGACGGCCAGCCAGAUGUGGUUCUCCAAGGCAAUGGUAUCUUCCUGGAGCACUACUCUCAGACCAAGCCUCUCCCGCGUGUUCCGCAAACCAUCACUGUGACUUUCAGAGAGUCUGCAUGGCGUCGCGCUGAUGGGCAGCCGUGUACUCGGGAGCACCUGCUGAUGGCUCUGGCUGAUGUUGCCGUCUUCAUGAUCAGGGCCACCUAUGCGGACAACAUGGCUGAGAGCAGUAUCUCAGACAUCAAGAUGGACAUUGCUGUUCCUCAGCCUACUGGUAAUGAACGUGCUCUGGAGGUGGAAGAGUGUGCCUGCCCACAAGGAUACAGAGGACCUUCUUGCCAGGAGUGCGAUGAAGGUUACACUCGGACCAGCUCAGGCCUUUACCUGGGCACUUGUGAGAGGUGUGACUGCAAUGGUCACGCCAGCAGCUGUGACCCAGAGACCGGCAGCUGUGUGCAAUGUCUCCAUAACACCGCCGGGCCACGGUGUGAGCGCUGUAAGACUGGUUUCUAUGGAAACCCUGUAACGGGCGGUUCUCAGGCCUGCCAACCCUGCCCCUGUCCUGGAACAGCUUCCAGCAACCAAUUCUCCUCAACGUGCUAUCUGGACUCUGAUGGUCAGCCGACCUGUGACAACUGUCCCCCUGGAUACACUGGCCGGCGAUGUGAAAGAUGUGCCGUAGGAUACACUGGCAACCCACUGCUUGGACAGAGAUGUACUGUUGGCAGUAAUGAAGUCAAUGGUAAUUGCUAUAACUGCGACCAAAGAGGAAGUGAAGGGUGCAAUGGUGGUGGUGUGUGCCGCUGCAAGAUGAACGUCGAAGGCCCAUCUUGCUCCAGCUGUAAGUCUGGAACCUUCCAUCUCAGCUCGGGAAACAAAGAUGGCUGCCUGUCCUGUUUCUGUAUGGGCGUCACUCAGCAGUGCUCCAGCUCCACAUACUACAGAGACCUGGUGUCCUCAGUCUUUGCUCCAGGGAACUUCCAGGGAUUCGCUCUGGUGAACCGACAACGCACCAACCGCAUCUCCACAGGAUUCACUGUGGAGGUUUCCACUGAAGGCACUCAGCUGUCUUACAGCAACUUUGACUACGUAGGACAGGAGCCUCAUUACUGGCAGCUUCCAGGGGUCUACCAGGGAGACAAGAAAGAUUCUUACUUUGCUCGCAUGAAACGAGCAGAGCAGAGUGACUUGCACUUGCCAGAGGAGCAGCUAAAGAAGGAUGCUUCCAUUUGGAACCUAAUGGCCUCUGAACGUAAAGACACCCACAGAUCCAAAAGAGCUAGCCAAAAGACUGAUGUCAGACAGCUGGACGAUGAGGUCUGGGCGCUCCUCUCUAACUUCUCCAAUGGACGAGCUGGUUCUCCUCCCUUCUUUCCCUCUUACUCUAAAUCCUCCUCCUCUUUCUCUUCCUCUUCUUCCUCUGCUUCUUCUUCUUCUUCUUCUUCUCGGGUCCCAACGUCAUCUUCCUCCUCUCGAUGGUCUUUGCGUAACCUGAGUCCCCCUUCUCCUCCGUCUGGUAUCUCCUCUUCAGUUAGACCAACUAGACCCCAACCCUAUUCCCCAGGCCAUGCGCCUCGUCUGCAGACCAAGAACACAGUGAGGAAGACUUCUAGUACUUCUGGCAGGUACGCUUUGGUCUACAAAGGUUUCACCUUGCACCAGGAUGAUCUGCUCUACUGGCAGCUCCCAGCGAAGUUCACAGGGGACAAGGUGGGUUCAUACGGUGGCAAGCUUAAGUACACCAUCUCUUACGUGGCUGGUCCAAGAGGAACAGUACUUGAUGAUGGCGACGUUCAGAUUAUUGGUAACGACAUCACGCUGGUCGCUCGUCAGCCCUGGCAGAGGAGGCAGCAGGGCAGCAGGGAGACUCAGCAGUUUGAGGUUGUCUUCAAAGAGGAAAACUGGCGUCGUCCUGACGGCAUGCCCGCCACCCGAGAGCACCUGAUGAUGGUUUUGGCCGAUCUGGAUGACAUCCUUAUUCGAGCAUCCUACUCCAAUGAGAUGCGAUCCUCCAGCAUAUUUGAUAUCAGCAUGGAAGUUGCAGUGCCUAACUACAGUGGCUUGGCACAGGCGCUGGAGGUGGAGCAGUGCCGCUGCCCACCUGGAUACCAGGGACUCUCUUGCCAGGACUGUGCACCUGGAUAUACUCGCACGGGCGGAGGUUUGUACCUGGGACACUGUGAGCUCUGUGAAUGUAACGGCCACUCUGACUCCUGCCACCCUGAGACUGGCAUCUGCACGAGCUGCCUGCAUAACACCCAGGGGGAGCUCUGUGAGCAGUGUGCUCCUGGCUUCUUUGGUGACCCCACUGUUGGCACUCCAGAGGACUGCCAACCCUGCGCCUGUCCUCACACUGACCCAGACAACCAGUUCUCCCCCACCUGUGAGAGCCUUGGAAAUGGAGGCUACCAGUGCACCGCCUGUCAGCCCGGGUACACUGGCCAGUACUGCGAACGUUGUGCUCCUGGAUAUGUUGGCAACCCUCAGGAGAGAGAGAAGUGUCGUCCAUACGAUGCUGCAGCCUCCUUGGUGGUGAAGGUUUAUCCAGAGAGAGUCUUGGCAUCCAAAGGCGGCCCUGUCACUCUCCGAUGUCAGGUGUCUGGCAAUCCUCCACACUAUUUCUUCUGGUCCAGAGAGGAUGGACGAUCCAUCUCUGGCAGUGCUGACAGACGCAGACAAGGAGCAGAGCUGUACUUCCCCAGUGUCCAGCCAAGUGAUGCCGGCAUCUACAUUUGUACCUGCCGGGACCAGCACAGUACCAACAGGAGCCGUGCUGAAAUUGUUGUCACAGAUGUCCAAACCAAACCCAUUGAGGUGACAGUUGAGGAGCCCAAAUCCCAGACUGUCAGGGUGGGAUCUACCAUCAGCUUCAUCUGCACGGCAAAGAGCAAGUCACCAGCCUACACUCUGGUGUGGACCCGGAUGGGUAACGGGAAGCUGCCCAACCGGGCCAUGGACUUCAAUGGCAUCCUGACAAUUCAGAACGUCCAGCCCGAGGAUGCAGGCGUCUACGUUUGCACGGGCUCCAACAUGUUUGGCAUGGACGAAGGCAAUGCCAUCCUCUACGUGCCAGAGGCCUCACAGACUCAGAUGUUUUACACAGCCUAUGAAAUGUUUGAAGGACACAGAAAGCCUGCAGAGGGGGCCCAGCCUGUGGCCACCGUCACUCCCUCAGUGCUGAACGUGCAGCCGGGCCAGCGGGCAGAGUUUCGCUGCACGGUGACUGGGAACCCGACUCCUGCCAUCGAAUGGAUUGGAGGUCCAGGGAACAGAAUGAGUCCCAGAGCUGUGAUACGAGGUGGCGCACUGACCUUGACAGCAGUGGACCCAGCUGAUGAGGGAGACUACACCUGCAAGGCCCUGAACACUCAUGGAGAGCACACAGCGCGGGUUUCCCUCGUUGUUCAAAAAUCUAAACCAAGCAGUCAAGGCACUCAGCCUCAAGUGCAAGUCAGUCCCCAAAACAUUGGAGUCCAUGAAGGCGACACCUUGAGGUUGUACUGCCGAGCGUCAGGAUCGCCCACUCCGAAGCUCACCUGGCUAAAAAACGGAGGACAAAUCCCUCCACAGGCCAUUCCCUCUCACGGUUUCCAUCAGUUUAAAAGCAACAGUCUCGAUGUGUUACAGAGACGUAUUGAGGAGCUGCAGGCCCGCAUGGAUCGCACUGACAUCGGCACCCUGCUCAUCCCCAACGUCAAGAUGUCCGACGCGGGAACGUACAUGUGCGUCGGUAGCAACAGCAUUGGCUCAAACAGUGCUCCCAUUAAGGUCACUGUGUUCAAAGCGGAUCACAGCUCCUCGGUGGUCACCAUCCAGCCGUCUAUAGCUGAUGUCCAGGAGGGCCAGAGUCUGGAGCUCAACUGUUUUGCCCCAGGAAAUCCUCCUCCCCAAGUCACAUGGACGAGAGCCAGUGGACGCCUCUCCUCCAACCACCAGGUUCUUGGCAAUCAGCUGCGGAUCCUGUCAGCCACCCCAGAGGACUCAGGGGAGUAUGUCUGUCGGGUGCAGGGCAACCCUGGAAACCCAGGACCUCAUGUCCAGCAGGCCUCUGUCUCUGUGUCUGUCACUUCAUCGUCUUCACGUCUUCAGAGCCCAAUCAUUGCCAUCGAGCCCCACAGUGCUGCAGUGCGUGUGGGCGAGACGGCCAGCUUCAGGUGCAGGGUGUACAGCGGAGCCCAGCCUAUCAGACUGGAGUGGAAAAUGGCAAGCAACCAGCCACUGCCAGACAAUGUUAAAGUUGGCCCCGAUGGUUCUGUUAUUACCAUCACCAACGCCCGCCCUCUGAACCACGGCGCCUACCGUUGUGUGGCCAGCAACCCGUUCGGCAUCACCCACACCAUUGUGUCUUUGAUUGUCAGAGAGCCUCCGCUGGCCACCGUCACCCCUGCUGGACCCGUGCGUGUCAGGGUGGGUGAACCCAUUAACCUGGAAUGCCAGGCGGCAGGAGAGCCCCGUCCCUCAGUCUCAUGGCACAGGCUGGACAGCAACCGCAAGACUAUGCUGAGCAGCCCCGUGCCCAUGGAGUCCAAUGCAGUCAUGCAGAUACUAGUGGCACGUCCUGAAGACAGUGGCACUUACGUAUGCACAGCUCGCAACAACGAGGGCACGACUGAGACCAGGGUGGAAGUCACGGUUGAGGGAGGCUCCCAGCUGCCCACAGUGCCCAGGGUCUCUGUUCCUGAGCCAUUGAUGGUUAUGGUGGAGGGCCAGACUGCAACGCUGCGCUGCGAGGCUCACGGUUUCCCGUCCCCGACAGUCACCUGGUCCAAGCUGCGCUCUCCGAUGCCUUGGAGACACAAGAUAGUGAACAACAGCCUGGUGUUGCCCAGCGUGGGCCGCCAAGACUCUGGAGAAUACAUCUGCAGUGCCACCAACAACAUGGGCACCACCGAAGUCACCAUCAUGCUGGAUGUAGAAACUCCUCCUUAUGCCACGUCUGUACCUGAUGAUGUGGCUGUGCGGGUCGGGGAGGUGAUCAGACUGCAGUGCCUGGCCCAUGGCACCCCUCCUCUGACCUACACUUGGACCAAGCUGGAUGGAGUCCUGCCGCCGAGGGCCGAGGUGAACGGAGGGGAUCUUCAGAUCAACCUGGCCACUGCCGAGGAUGCUGGGAGCUACAAAUGCGUCGCCAACAACAAAGUGGGCAACAGUGAAGUAGUCGCUAAAGUGUCAGUCAGAUCCCCGCUGGCAGUGCGCGUGUCACCCCAGGUUGAAGUCAAGGCUCAGGGCAGUGCAGUGGAGUUCACCUGCUCAGCAGCAGGUGGUACAGAAACCAAAAUUGAGUGGCUGAAGGAAGGAGGAGCCCUGCCACCGAACCACCACGUUAAGGAUGGGGUGCUCAGGAUUGAGAACCUUGAGCAAAGCAAUGAAGGUGUUUAUAUCUGCAGAGCCAGCAGUGUGUAUGGUCAGGCUCAGGACACUGCCAGGUUGACCAUCCAAGCCUUGCCAAAGGUGAUGAUCAACGUGCGCACCUCAGUGCAGACUGUGAUGAUCGGAAACUCUGUGGAGUUUGAGUGCCAGGCGGUUGGUGACCCGGAGCCCACGGUUCAGUGGAGUAAAGUCGGUGGGUCUCUGCCCGCUCAUAUCAUGGUUAAAGGUGGCAUGCUGAGGAUCGAGCAGGUGACGGAGGCCGAUGCCGGGCAGUAUCGCUGCACGGCCACCAACGACGUGGGCUCAGUGCAGUCCCAAGUGGUCCUUAACGUCCAGUCACUUCCUCAAAUUGCUGCACUGCCUGAGACGAAGGAAGUGACCGUUGGGUCUGAUGCGGUCUUGCCUUGUGUGGCUUCCGGAUACCCUGUACCUGAGAUCAAAUGGUCCAAGUUGGAAGGAGAGCUUCCUCCCAAGUGUUUCCAGGAAGUCAACGUUCUGACAGUUCCUCGGGUCUCCCAUGAGGAUUCUGGCACAUACGUCUGCACUGCCUCUAACAAACAGGGAAAAGUGGAAGCCUUCACCAGACUUCAAGUUCACGAGAGAGUGAUGCCAUACUUUGCUCAGGAACCUUUGUCCUACCUCACCCUGCCAACCAUCAAAAAUGCCUACAAGUCUUUCAGCAUUAAGAUCAACUUUAGACCCGAUAGUGUUGAUGGUCUCAUUUUGUACGCUGGCAUGAUCCUCUACAAUGGCCAAAGAAGAACCACAGGAGCAGACUUCAUCUCUCUGGGACUUGUGGGAGGCCGCGUAGAGUUCAGGUUUGACGUGGGAUCUGGCAUGGCCACCAUACGUGACCCCAACCCCAUCAAACUGGGAGAGUUUCACACGGUUGAGCUGUAUCGCAACCACACCUUGGGCUACAUCAUUGUAGAUGGAGGCGAGCCCAUCAAUGGCAGCUCACAGGGCAAGUUCCAGGGCCUGGAUCUGAAUGAGGAGCUGCAUGUGGGUGGAUACCCCAACUACACAGUCCUCGCCAAAACUGCUGGGAUUAAGACGGGUUUUGUUGGUUGUAUCCGUCAGCUGGUCAUACAAGGUGAGGAAGUCAUCUUCAAAGACCUUGACCGCAGUUCUACUGGUGUCACAAACUGUCCCACCUGCAGAGACCACCCAUGCCAGAAUGGAGGGGCCUGUGAGGACUCAGAGACCAGCUUGUACAAGUGCAGCUGCCCCCGAGGAUUCACAGGCAGCAACUGCCAGCACCACUCAUCCCUGCGCUGUCACUCAGAGGCCUGCGGACCAGACGCCACUUGCAUCAACCGACAAAAGGCCCUGGGCUAUGACUGUCGCUGCCAUCUUGGCAAGUUUGGAAACAAAUGCAUGGAUGGGGAACUGGUGACCACUCCGCUGUUUGAUGGUGAGGAAUCAUACAUAGCCUAUCCUCCCCUGAACAACAUCCAUGAUGACCUGCGUGUUGAGCUGGAGUUCAAGCCCCUGGAAAGAGAUGGCUUGAUGUUCUUCUGUGGAGGGAAGAAAAUGAAGGUGGAAGACUUUGUAGCCAUCUCCAUGGUGGAGGGACAUGUAGAGUUCAGAUAUGAACUGGGCACAGGCCAGGCGAUCCUUCGCAGUCCAGAGGCAGUCUCUUUGGGCCAGUGGCACAGAGUUGUGGCGGAGCGAAACAAGAGGGCCGGCCACCUGAGGGUGGACCAAGGCCCCGUGGAGAGGAAGAUGUCUCCAGGAAAAGCCCAGGGCCUCAAUAUCCACACCGACAUGUACCUGGGAGGUGUCCCCAGCAUGGACAUCCUGCCCAAGCCCGCCAAUGUCAGCGAAAUGUUUGAUGGAUGCAUAGGAGAGGUUUCCAUCAACAACAAGAAGGUGGAUCUGUCCUACAGCUUCACAGAAAGCAAAUCAAUCCGCAAGUGUGUGGACAACAGCCCCUGUGACCGCCGGCCCUGUCUGAACGGUGGUCACUGCAUGUCGAGUGCUGAAUACGAGUACCAGUGCCUCUGUAAGGAUGGAUUUGAAGGUGAGCGUUGUGAGGUGGUGAAAGACGUGUGCCAGAGCAACCUUCAGUGCCAGAAUGGCGGCAGCUGUGUUGACGGUCAGUGUGUGUGCACACCUGGACACACAGGCCUGAACUGUGAAGAAAGCCAGGUCACCAGCUUCCCCGAGGCCCAGUGGAAUUUGGAAGCUAGCGAGGCGAAUGAUUCACCCUAUCAGUACGCAGCUCAUUUCAACAGUGAUGGAUACAUAGCCCUUCCUAAAUCCAUUUUCCCAAGAAGUGCGCAUGAUUCACCAGAGACCAUCGAACUGGAGAUCAACACUGACUCCUCUGAGGGCCUGAUCUUGUGGCAGGGAGUGGAGACCAAUGGCGCACGCAAUUUGCGAAAGGUGCAUGCUAGUAAAAAGGAACCUGGAGAGCACGGCAAAGGCAAGGACUUCAUUAGCCUCGGCCUACAGAAUGGACACCUUGUUUUCAGUUACCAGCUGGGCAGCGGAGAGGCAGAAAUCUUGUCCCGGAAGCCCAUCAACGAUGGGAGAUGGCAUAAGAUCACAGCAGUCAGAACUGGAAAAGAUGGACACAUCCAGAUUGAUGGAGGUGCUGCACUACACGGACAGUCUAAGGGCAGAAGCCUCAUGGUCAACACCAAAGGCAGUAUAUACCUGGGCGGUGCCCCGGACAUGGCUGCCAUGACAGGGGGGAAGUUUUCGGCGGGAAUGAGGGGCUGCGUGAGGAACCUGACACUGAUGAACGCUCGGCCGGGACAGCAGCCAGCGCAGGCCAUCGAUCUGCAAGCCCACGCAGCCCGUGGCACCAACGUGCAGCCGUGCUCCUCCUAGAUGGCAGCACGGACACACAUACACACGCACACACACACACACACACACACACAGCAGACUCACACAGAGAGACUUACACACAAAGAGGCUGACACAAACUUGGUGCUUUGCUGCUGCCAAAAAGAAAAGAAAAAGAAAACACAACACGACACAACAGGAUUUGUUUCUCUGUGUGCAGUAAAACCAAAAAAGAGAAAAAAAUGAAACAAUAUUAACAAGUCUUCUCUUCCUCAGUGUUGUAUUCUCAAUGAAGGACUAUUAACACAGGAGAACCAGUACAGUUUACAUACUUCCAGCAGUAGUUUUUAGCCAUGAGAAGAGUAAAACAUAUUAGGCCUUCUGAGAUGGGUCAGAUCCUAUGGAGUUGGAGAUGUUUUUGCAGCACUGAAUUUUUAUUUAUAUACAUAUGAAUAUAUAUAUAUUAUAUUUGUGGGGGAAACAUGCAAACUAACCAUAACUGCUCUUCAACUUUUUCCUAGAGUUUAUUCUGGGUUCUAAUACUGUGUGUCCAGGGCUUUUUACAGGCCUAACUGUAUUAAUACUUGAAGAUGUUUAGGCCUUCUUUCUUCACUUCUGUAGAGGAACCUUUUUCUUUUUUCUUUUUGCCCGAGCAUGCUUCCAGUCUUUUCGUAAACUGUUGGGAGAGGAGCGCACACGGUCACGGUCACAUGCAGCUUCAGUACACAACUCAGGUCGUCGAAUACAAAUUAGUUACCGCGAAACGCUACCAAGCGCAGCUGACUUUUGCUUUGCAGGUCGUUCGCAGCGCUGUUGUGUCUCCUGUGUCUGUAUUUGUUCUUUUUUUAUGAACAAGAAAGAAACCUUGGUGCUAUAAUGUUAGACAUGAAGAUACAGCACACAGUCAUAUGGUUUUCUGUCUGUCACAUGUAGAGGUGUGUGGGGGGUUUUUUUGUAGUCAUUUGGAUCCUUAGAUUAAUCAGAAACAGUCGAGUGUAUCAUUUGUUGAUGUGCAUGGCAUUUAAAGUUGAUUUUUAUAAGAAUAUGGCUUGAUUUGUUGCCUCCACAGCCUUAAUGGAUUGAGUAGAUCUCAUAACACAAAAAAGACAGCAAACUGAAAAAGGUGAACUUUUUUUAUGUGUGGUGGUUGAAGACAUUGUUUUAUGUGUGCUACUAUCUGCCAGUCAGGUAGAUAUCUGUGUCGAACGAGAAUGAGUGCGUAGGCUAGUAAAUUUGCUAGUUGUGUUUGUCUCAGCCCCCGUUUCUCAUAGUUCACUCUACGUUAAGCCCCAGUAUGAAUCAGGUGUGUGUGUUUGUGUGUGUGUGUGUCAUUAUCCAUUAUCCUCAGGAGGGUCAACCCAGAACUGCCUCAAGAUGUUACUUAAGUUUCAGGUUUGGUAGCUUUAGCGACCGAUCAGUAAGCUAUAAAACUCUGAAGGCUCUGUGGGUUGUUUUCUCUGCAGAGGGGGAUUCAUCAGACUGCAGCAGGACACAGCUGCCAUAGUUUUUGGUCAUGUGGGAAUGCAGUGGAAGCCUCCUGCAGGUGCUGCGACCAGUGGUGUAGCUCUAAUAAAGCAUGCUCGCCCCACCUUUAGUCAGCCUCGCCGCAAAACCGCGACGGCUCCUUCACUUUUGACUUCGCAAACCUUUUGUUUUUUCUUUUCCUCCUUUUUUUUGUAAGCUUAAAAUAUUUGUAUUAAUAUCCUGAAAAUGAGCACUAUCUAUCUUACUUUCUCUUAGAGUUGCUUCAUUUUUAUUUAUUUUAUGUUUCUUGUUUCUUUUCCUUUUUUUUCAAAGCUCGAUUCUGCUGUUCACAGAGGCUUGCUAUUUUCUUUGCUCUGGUUAUUGUGUAUUGCCCCCCCCCCCCCCUUUUUUUGUUUUUCCCCCCAUGUUUGAGUUUGAACACGGCCCCUCGCUAAGUUCCUCAGAAACCCUCAGAGAUGUUCCUGGAAGGGUUAACAUGUACCUGACUGGAACUGACUGGUCAAAUGGUUAGAAACUGGUCUUAUUAUUCACUCGAUGAAAAAAAAAGUCUUAGACUCCAAAUCCAAAUAAAUUAUUUCUCUACACAGGAAGGUGUCAUCAUGCUUGUUCCAAUAUGAACACGUGGAGCCACUGCUGUGGUCCACGUUUAGGACACUGAAGCAGAGAAAGACGGGGUGUGCGCCCCUCGUUGGGUUGUUUUUUCUUGUGUAUCUGCUUUUAAACUGGAUUUUCACACUGUACUCUCACGCCCAAUGCAAAGUCUGGUUGUUUUUAGCAAAACAUGAAAGGUGCACUUUCAGUGAUGAUGGACAUUUUUAUUUUCACUGUUUUUCUUACUGGCAGAAAGAGCGGAUAACUCGGCUAAAUGAAUGAAAUUGUGCCAGAUGAAUUAUUGUCCAAGUCAGGAGGACCUGACAUGAAUUUCCAGUGUUGAAAGGAUGCUCCUGUUGCCCCUGGUGUUUCUUAAUUAAAAGCUAAAUUCAUGUGC